AUGAGAAACAUCACUAUUCCGUGUUUGAAACCAUCCUCGGGGCCUGGGGCCCACAAGGCCGAGGAAUCGAAAUGCCUCUCCGGUCCCCAACUGCAAGAGAACCCCGGAUCAUAUACUAUGAAGAGAACUUUAGUGGAAUCUAGGAACGAGGUUCACGGUUUCGAGGGUGUCGGAACACGAGAUACCCUCGAAACCGCCUCAUCUGAAGAGACUAGUAUCAUGCCAACUGUCUCUCGAACGGAAACGCAUCCCCGAGAGUCAGUUACCAACAAUGGCAUAGCCGAGAGGCGGGUCCGCAGAACGCCAGCAUCAGUUGGGCGUUAUCUGGCUGAUGAGGAGGAUGGAAACACACUCCUCAGGCUUUCUAAACUACCCAACCCCUCCCCUCCGUACGAGCAGCUCUUCAACGACCUUGAUAGUCUAGGCCUUGCCCCACAGGAACGAUCCCCUGGGGAGGGAUACAAGGGGGGGCAGCCUUCUGGACGCACCCCUCAACAUAGAAACAUUGAGCAGUCAUUGGAUGAGAUCCUGUAUCUUCCGUCCUGCGGGUGA